AUGUUGGACGAUGAAGAUGACCAAAUCUUUCACGCUACGCGUGACGGCUACUCCCAUUUGAGCGAUGUCGAAUGGGAUGCGGUUGAACGGGUGGGUUCAGCCAUGGGCAUCCAUGCUGUUAGCGUCAUGCUAGAGGCUCUCAACAGAGAUGCCCAACAUGCUACUAUCGCCAAGUUCAUUCUAAAUGAACUUGACGCUGAACGCGAAAAAGUAGCCUUGCUUCACCAACAAGGUUCUCAACAAGCAGAGUUGUUGAGAGAACAGGAUGCUCAACAGUUUGAACUGUUGAGACAGCAGCAGGCUGCUGCUGGCGGGUCGAUGCACUCUCGUCGACCCGAAACCUUGAAGAUUGACAUCUCCAAGUAUAGGGGAGUCGAAGAGGACUCCCUCUUGAGAUGGUUCGUCGAAUUGGAUGACGCCAUAAGGGCGCGUCGCAUCGACGACGGGGAAAUGCAAGUUGCAUUUGCCCAAUCAAAUCUGGCAGGACGUGCCAAGACUUGGGCACUGGGGCUCAAGUUGCAAAACCCAUAUGCGUUUGGGGCUUUUAGACUCUUCCCACCCCGCCCUUCAAACACCUUUGAACCCCCCUGA